AUGGUGCGAAGCUUGUCGCAGUGGACGAAGACCCUCAGCUUUCCCGGCGAGGUUGUCUCCCCAACCGCAACCUCCAAGGAGAGCAUGGUGAACGUGACCCCUGGCUCCCCUGGGGUCUCCCCUACCCCCAGUGCUUUCAUCUCUCCCGCAAGGCUCCGACAAAACAAUUUCCCCGAUCCCUAUCACCGAGAUCAGUCAAAUAGUAAGUCGCCCUUUCAUUGGGGUAUAAGUGAGUCUCGUAAACGCCUACGUCUCGCUGGCAGCUUCAACCACGCGCAGGCGGCCCUUACAUUAGACCUUGUUAUUAGGUGGUGUACUGCAUCCACCACAAGGAAGGCUGUGCCAGUGGUCGGACGAGCUCCGCAAACUGAAGGCGCACCUGAACCACCUGCAAGCACGGAUGCUGUGUUGUGUGCAGCUCAGUGCGGGGCGAUGAUCCCCAGGGUGUUGAUGCAGGACCACCUGCGGUACACCUGCUCCAGGAGGCGAGCCAACUGUGAACACUGCGGGAAGGAGUUCUCUGGGAGCGCGCUGGAGGAGCACCAAGGAAAUUGCGGCCAUGAGCCUGUAUACUGCGAGAACAAGUGCGGGGCGAAGGUCCAGCGGCGGCACACUUCCCAACACGCUGCGCAACACUGCAGCAAGAGGCUGGUGCCCUGCAGACACUGCGGCCAGCGGUAUACACAGGACACAGUAUCAGCUCACGGGGCCUUAUGUUCCCGGGCCCCGGUCCCGUGUCCCCAGCGCUGCGCCGCGGCCCCGGCCCGGGACGAGCUCGACGCUCACCUCCGGGAACACUGCUCGGCUACCGCUGCUGUCUGCCUUUAUAGAGACGCUGGCUGUCGGUUUAAGGGCACGAGACAGGCUCUUGAACGUCACACAGAGGAGAGCGCCCAACAACACUUGGCCCUUGUAUCAGCACUGGCCACGCGUCAGGCUCGACAGUUGGAGUCACUAAGGGCGGCUACUGGGCAGCGAAGAUGGCCGACGCUAAGGACCAAGGACGGGGUGGAACUCACCUCGCCCGCCUUCUACACCAGCCAGUACGGGUAUAAACUACAGGCGACGUUGUUCCUGAACGGUAACGGCGCGGGUGAAGGCACCCACAUCUCCGUGUACAUCAAGAUCCCUGCCGGGCGAGUACGACGCGCUGCUCCGCUGGCCGUUCGGUCCACUCGGUGUCCUUCACUCUGUUCGACCAGAGCUCGAGCCCGGAGCGCGCGUGCAACAUCGUGGAGAGCUUCGUGCCGGACCCCACGUGGAAGAACUUCCAGCGGCCGUCCAAGGAGCCGGACGCGCUCGGCUUCGGCUUCCCCCGGUUUCGUGUCGCACGAGAUGCUCAAGAAGAGGAACUUCGUGAAGGAUGACGUCAUGUUCCUCAGGGUCAAGGUGGACCCCAGCAAGAUCGUCGCCGUAUAG